AUGUCUCUUCUUUUCGUCGUCCUCUCCGUUCUCUCUUUGGCUUCUGGAGCCAGCGCCGCCAUUACCGGUGACUACAACUGCACCUCCUACAACGGAACAUCCGUAAGCGCCUCCGAGAAUCCGAAAAUGAUAGCCGUCUCUUUCAGUUCGUCUACACUCCAGCCGCCGUCGCCUGCUCCAACGUCAUCUCGGACGCUUCCUGCCAGGUUCUCUACGUCGCCCCGGACACCACCGCGGGAUACCCAGCCGCUGCAAAUGACGCCCAGAGACCGUUGGCUUGCUACACCACCGCCACCGCCACUCCGGCUUCGAUCGUCGCCGACAUGGUCACCGCUGCCUUGGCCACAUGCCCGAAAACGUGUGGAUUGUGCUGUCAGACCAGUGCCUACUCCUGCUCCAACGUCGCUUGUAAGUGUUCCUUGUGAUUUCCUAUUCAUAUCGAAUGUUUGAGACCCACGUCUGACCUGCUCCACGAUCACCUCCGCCCAGUGCCUAUCCUCCGUCUGGCGCACCAUCAUCGCCCAGGAUUGCCCCGCCUCUUGCGGAUUCUGUAACGACGGCGGAUGCGUUGACGCCGUCGUCGAUUGCGCCAACGACGUCUCGAUCUGCACGACCGUCGGCAUGCAAGACUUUGUGAACACGUACUGCCAGAAGACGUGCUCUCGCUGCGCCUCCUCCACCACCACCGCCUCGUCCUCCUCCUCCACGUGCACUUCCUACAACGCCGACUCGAGCACCGCCUGCACCUCGUGGGCCAAGAACGGCUUCUGCACCAACACAUUCUACACGACCGCUCAACGCAAGUCUUACUGCGCCACCACCUGCAAGCUCUGCUAG